UGGGAAGAUUUGGGGCUGGGAAGAUUUUGGUCGGAGCCGGGGAGAUCUCGGCUCUCUGGGCCCACCAGCUUUGAAGUUGGGCCCUGCCAAUUUUGGGGAGCUGUGCUGGAAUCCAGGAAAACGAGGGAAACCCAGGAAUGCUCCUUGGGGUUUCCCUUGGGAACCAUACAAAGACCAAACCCCGGGGAGGAGGUGAUGCAGCGUGGGGGGCAGCCCCGCAGCGUGAGCUCGAGGGACAGCAUGGCUGCCACUGCUGCUGUCAGCCCCAGUGAAUACCUGCAGCCCGCCGCCACCGCCGCCGCCGCCCAGGACUCCCAGCCCUCUCCCCUGGCCCUGCUGGCGGCCACAUGCAGCAAGAUCGGUCCCCCCGCCGUGGAAGCCGCCGCCGCGCCGCCGGCGCCUCCGCAGCCCGCCCCUCGCAAGCUGGUGCCCAUCAAACCCGCGCCGCUGCCCCUGGGCUCGGCCAAGAGCAGCAUCGGCAUCCUGUCCUCCAAGGGGAACCUCUUCCAGAUCCAGGGCUCCCAGGUGGGCGCCUCCUACCCCGGGGGGCAGCUGGUUUUCGCCAUCCAGAACGCGGCCGUGCUCAACAAAGGCUCGCGCUCCUCCUCCUCCUCCUCGUCCUCCUCCUCGUCCUCCUCGUCUUCCUCCUCCAACAUCCAGUACCAGGCGGUGCCGCAGCUGCAGCCCGGCGGGGCUCAGACCAUCCAGGUGCAGCCUAACCAGAUCCAGAUCAUCCCAGGCACCAACCAGGCCAUCCUCACGCCCUCCUCUUCCUCUCACAAGCCCGUGCCCAUCAAGCCGGCCCCGGCGCAGAAGGCGGCGGGAUCGGGAUCGGCCGGCGUGGUCAAACUGCCCGGGGGUGGCAACGUCACCCUGACCCUGCCCGUCAACAACCUGGUGAGCCCCGAGGCCGGGCAGGCCCAGCUGCUCACGGACAGCCCUUCCAAAGCCGGCAAGAAGCCUCGCAAAAAGGCGCCGUCCCCCGGGCAGCCCGCCGCCGUGGCCGUGGCCGAGCAGGUGGAGACGGUGCUGAUCGAGACCACGGCCGAGAACAUCAUCCAGGCUGGCAACAACCUGCUGAUCGUGCAGAGCCCCGGCUCGGGCCAGCCGGCCGUGGUGCAGCAGGUGCAGGUGGUGCAGCCCAAGCAGGAGUCGCAGGUGGUGCAGAUCCCGCAGCAGGCGCUGCGCGUGGUGCAGGCGGCCUCGGCCACGCUGCCCACCGUGCCCCAGAAACCCUCCCAGAACUUCCAGAUCCAGGCGGCCGAGCCCACCCCCACCCAGGUUUACUUCAAGACGCCGUCUGGCGAGCUGCAGACCGUGCUGCUGCAGGAGGCCUCCUCGCUGCCGGUGGCCCCGGCGCCGGGCGCGUCCUGCGGCAGCCCCGGGCCCGGCCGCAGGGCGGCCCCGCGCAAGGAGCGGCCGCUGCCCAAGAUCGCCCCCGCCGGGGGAAUCCUGAGCCUGAGCGCGGCGCAGCUGGCGGCGGCUGCGCAGGCCAUGCAGACCAUCAACAUCAACGGCGUGCAGGUGCAGGGCGUGCCCGUCACCAUCACCAACAGCGCAGGCCAGCAGCAGCUGACGGUGCAGAACGUGUCCGGCAACAACGUGACCAUCAGCGGGCUGAGCCCCACCCAGAUCCAGCUGCAGAUGGAGCAGGCGCUGUCCGGGGACAUCCAGCCGGGCGAGAAGAGGAGGAGGAUGGCCUGCACCUGCCCCAACUGCAAGGACGGCGACAAGCGGCCGGGCGAUCCCGGGAAGAAGAAGCACAUCUGCCACAUCCCCGAGUGCGGGCGGACGUUCCGCAAGACGUCGCUGCUGCGGGCGCACGUGCGGCUGCACACGGGCGAGCGGCCCUUCGUGUGCAACUGGGUGUUCUGCGGCAAGCGCUUCACGCGCUCCGACGAGCUGCAGCGGCACGCGCGCACGCACACAGGUGACAAACGCUUCGAGUGCGCGCAGUGCCAGAAACGCUUCAUGCGCUCCGACCACCUGACCAAGCACUACAAAACACACCUGGUCACCAAGAACCUGUAGGGGGGACAGCCCCCCCGGACCCCCGCCGCAGCACUCCGGGGAGGGACCCUGGCCGCGUCCCGGCCCUCCCGACCGCGCUCAGCACCCCCACAUCGGCCUGGGGGUGUCCCGGGGACCCCGGGGUCACCCAGAGCCCUCCUGGGACCUCGGGGUCGCCCAGAGCCCCCCUGGGACCUCGGGGUCACCCAGAGCCCCCUGGGACGCCACGGGUUUAGGGGUCACCCAGAGCCCCCUUGGGACCUCGGGGUCACCCAGAGCCCCCCUGGGACCCCACGGGUUUAGGGGUCACCCAGAGCCCCCUUGGGACCUCGGGGUCACCCAGAGCCCCCCUGGGACCCCACGGGUUUAGGGGUCCCCCAGGGCCCCCCUGGGACCCCACGGGUUUAGGGGUCACCCAGAGCCCCCCUGGGACCUCGGGGUCACCCAGAGCCCCCCUGGGACCCCACGGGUUUAGGGGUCACCCAGAGCCCCCCUGGGACCUCGGGGUCACCCAGAGCCCCCCAGACCAUCCCCUGUGACCCCACAGGCUCAGGGGUGACCCCACAGAUUUAGGGGGUGACCCACAGCUCCCCUGGGACCCCACAUGUUCAUGGGGUCACCCAGAGUCCCCCCUGUGACCCCACACGUUUAAGGGUGACCCCACAGGUUUAGGGGGUGACCCACAGCUCCCCUGUGACCCCACAGGCUCAGGGGUGACCCCAAAGGUUUAGGGGGUGACCUAGAGCCUCCCUGGGACCCCAUGGUUUAGGGGGUACCCCAGAGCCUCCCUGGGACCCCACAGGUUUAGGGGUGACCCCCAAGUUUAGGGUGUGACCCAGAGCCCCACCUGUGAGCCCCACAAGUUUAGGGGGUCACCCACAGCUCCCCUGUGACCCCACAUGUUCACGGGGUCACCCAGAGCCCCCCAGACCCUCCCCUGUGACCCCCCAGGUUUAGGGGUGGACCCCAGGUUUAGGGGGUGAACCCAGAGUCCCCCUGUGACCCCACAGGUUUAAGGGUGACCCCCCAGGUUUAGGGGUGACCCCCAGGUUUAGGGGGUGACUCAGACUCUCCCUGUGACCCCACAGGUUUAGGGGUGACCCCCAGGUUUAGGGGUGACCCCCCAUGUUUAUGGGUGACCCCCAGGUUUAGGGGGUGACCCAGAGUCCCCCUGUGACCCCACAGGUUUAAGGGUGACCCCCCAGGUUU